AUACCUACCUAUGUUCAAACAGAAACGUCCUGAAUCAGUUGCCAUAACGACUCUGAUCUUACCUUAAACUGUCUGUCACAUAAUAAAUAAAUAUGUGUAGCAUUGAGUAAACAUAAACUUAUCAUGCUUCCAUAAUCACAUAGGUAUAAAUGUGUAGAUAAUAAGAUAAGUACCUACUGACGCUUUUGAUUGAUAUAUAAACGCUUGCCCUACUCAUCCUCGGCAGUAUAAAUUAGAAGAUAUACUCAUUCUGACGUAACCGCAGACUUUGACCGCAGAAUUAUAAUAAUAAAUGCUAGAGAUUUAUGUAAAGUAUAAAUAAACACAAACAGAGAAACGGAUAUUAAUUACGAGUUACUAAGUGGUGUAAUGAUGAAGUGGUGGACGUGUGUGGUGUUCAUGUGCGCGGCCGUGCUGGCUGACGACGAAUGGCGCGAGGUGAGGACUGCGCAAGGGCCGGUGCGCGGGCGCAAGCACCCCACUGAAGAUAUAUACACCUUCUACAAUAUACCUUACGCCACCGCGCCCACGGGAAAAAAUAAGUUCAAGGCUCCUCUCCCUCCACCAGUAUGGUCGGAAACGUUUGACGCAGUUGACGAGUACGUGAUAUGUCCACAGGCUAAAUCACCAUGGGAUAUGUUGAUGCCAAAGAAUCGAGUGGUAAAAGAAAAUUGUCUCAUAGCCAAUGUCUAUGUACCAAACACGAAAGAGAAAAAUCUUUCUGUCUUAGUGAUUGUUCACGGAGGAGCAUUUUUAAUGGGUAGCGGUGAACAACUUAAAGGAACAAAAUUUAUGAACACAAAAGAUUUUAUUAUAGUCACAUUUAACUACCGACUUGGCAUUCACGGCUUCCUAUGUCUGGGCACUGAGGACGUGCCAGGCAAUGCUGGCAUGAAGGACCAGGUGGCGCUGCUGCGCUGGGUGCAGAAGAACAUCGCCAGCUUCGGCGGUAACCCUGAUGAUGUUACUAUUGACGGGUACAGCGCGGGUUCUGUCUCAGUAGAUCUGUUAAUGUUGUCUAAGUCAGCAGAAGGACUAUUCCAAAGAGUCAUACCUGAAAGUGGAGGAAACCUGGCAGCUCUUGCAAUCCAGCGAGAUCCUGUAGAGAUUGCAAAAACGCAUGCUAGGAAGUUGAACUUCACUAAUGUAGAUGAUAUCUACGCUUUAGAAGAUUUCUAUAGGAAAGCUCCAUUGGAGCUAUUAUUAACCCCAGAUGACUUAUUUGAUAGGACAGAUUCCAUAUUCAAGUUUUCACCGUGUGUAGAACGUGACACAGGAGACGGAGCGUUCCUAACUGAAUCACCUCUGACUAUACUCAAGAGUGGCAACUACAGAAAAGUACCACUAUUAUAUGGUUUCGCAAAUAUGGAAGGGUUGUUACGCAUUGGUUUCUUUGAUAUCUGGAAGCAUAAGAUGAAUGAAAAGUUUUCUGAUUUCUUGCCACCUGACUUAAAGUUUGAUUCUGACGAAGAAAGAGAAGAAGUGGCAAAUAAAAUAAAGAAGUUUUACUUUGGUGACAAGCCAGUCGACAAUGACAAUAUUUUAAAAUACGUUGAUUUCUUCUCGGACGUCAUCUUUGCUUAUCCCAUGCUUAGAGCUGUAAAGUUGCACGCGGAGGCUGGCAACAAUCAAGUAUAUUUGUAUGAAUAUAGUUUUGUGGAUGAGGACAUUCCCCUGGUACCUUACACUAAUGUACGAGGAGCUGACCAUUGUGCUCAGUCAAUGGCUUUAUUUGAUGGAAAAAAUUUGACUCAAUCAGAUGAGUCUCAAGCGACCCCGGAGUAUCAGAAUAUGAUGAAGAUUAUUCGCGAAAUCUGGCAUAAUUUUCUUAAAACAGGAGUGCCAGUGCCAGAGGGGUCUCGGCUGCCGGCGUGGCCGGCGGCGGGCGCGGACCGGGCGCCGCACUUGUCGCUGGGCGAGCGGCUGGAGCUGCGCGGCGCGCUGCUGGCGGAGCGCACGCGCUUCUGGGAUGACAUCUACCAGAGAUACUACCGGGACGCGGUGCCGCCGCCGAAACCGCCGCCUAGACCACGCAACGAGUUGUAGAAUAGUAGUUGCGUAUAUCGUUUUCACUCGUUGUAAGAGAAUUCAUCCAUUCUGUCCUUUGUAACAACUUUGUUGUAAUUUAGACAAUUCUAUGAAUUUCAGAAGUUGAAAGUUGUAUGUCAUUGAUUGAAAAUAAUAAUACCUAUUGAAUUUCUUUUUUAUGUAGGUAGUAUUAUAAAAGAUGAGGCGUCUCAUUAAAAUAAGAUUAUCAGAUAUAUUGUUUUGCUGAGAUCCUGGUUUUCCGGAUUAAGUUUUUAUUGAAUAUUUUUUUAUAGGAAUACGUUGCUAAUUUGAAGAAAUCUUAAACCUUAAAAAAAAUAAAAUUUAUUUUUACCUAAA